UACAACCAAUCAUUCACCAUAGUCGAUCGUCACGGUCAACAGACCCAAUUUCCGUUGUGGUACGUCGAUACUCUGAUCGUGGAUGCUGUCAUCCAUGGUAUCAUUCCGGGAGUCCAAUUCGGUGCGAGCUUGAUCCUCUUUCUCGUACUGCUUCUUCUCUCCAAGCACGACAAGCGACGCUCGCCGGUCUUCAUCUUCAAUACAGCCGCCUUGUUUUUCAACCUCAUCUACGCCAUACUGCAAUGCUGCAUCGUGACCAGCAGUUGGUGGGACAUCUACCCCAUUCUGGUUGGUGACUAUGGUGUAGUGACACCAGCUGCUCAACGUCUGACUGUUGCUGUUUCAAUAUUCGCCACGCUCGUCGCCCUGUGUAUCGAGAUCUCCUUGGUCCUCCAGGUACACGUGGUCAGCGUUACGAUGCGAACGUGGCAGAAGCUGUCUGUUCUGGCCAUAUCCUCAUUUGUGGCUGUGGUAGCUAUGGGAUUUCGUGUUGCACAGUCAGUGGUCUCGGUCAGAUGCAACACCAAAGCAGAUGCAUUCUGCAGCAGCACGACCUGGCUGGCUAAAGCAAAAGACAUCAGCUUGACCUUGAGCAUCUGUUUCUUCAGCGCAAUCUUCUGCGCCAAGCUGGGAUGGUCGCUUCGCGAGCGUCGCAAGCUGGGUAUGAACCAGUUUGGCAGCAUGCAAAUCAUCUUCAUUGGCGGGUUCCAAACCAUGUUUAUUCCCGCAAUCUUCUCGCUCAUUCAAUUCAUCAAGGCGGAGAACAUUCCCAACAUCGGCACAAACAUCCUGACAGCAACUUGCAUCUCACUGCCCUUGACAUCGAUUUGGGCCGCUUCU